AGGAGGCGGGGUGGCGGCGCUGGAAGGGGCGGGGGAGCAGGAACCACCUUGCGGCAGCGCGAUGGGCAGCGAGGCCGGCGAGCCGGCGGCCGGCCGGGCCCUGGCCCAGCUGAGCGACUCGGAGCUGGGCGGCUGCAGCAAGGAGGAGCUGGUGCGGCGGCUGCGGCAGGAGGAGGCGGAGAAGCUGGCGGCGCUGGUGCAGCGAGGGCGGCUGAUCCAGGGCGUCAAUCGGCAGCUGCAGGAGCAUCUGCGGGAGAUCCGCGAGCUGAAGCAGGUGAACGAGCGCCUGGCGGCCGAGAACCGCGAGCUCCGCGAGCUCUGCUGCUUCCUGGACGACGACCGGCUGAAGGCCAAGCGGCUGGCCCGGGACUGGCAGCUGUUCGGGCAGCAGGCGGCCCGGGUGCUGCGGGACGAGCUGGCCGCCUGCCUGCACAAGCUGGCCGGGCUGGAGGGGCUGCAGGAGCGCCUGGCCGCCGAUAACCUGGAGCUCAAGGCGCUGUGCCUGGCGCUGGAGGAGGAAUGCGCCGCCCGCGCCGACAGCAGCCCCGUCGGCUCCUCGGAGCUCAGCCUGCCCUGCGGGCCCAGGGACCUGGGCGACGGCAGCUCCAGCACGGGCAGCGUGGGCAGCCCGGACCAGCUGCACUUGGCCUGCUCGCCCGAGGACUAGAGACUCCCCCAAGGGGCCGGGGGGCCAGGACCCACCCUGACUAGAGACCUCCCCCGGGGCUUGCCCCCCAGGACUGGACUCCCUCAAGGGGCCAGGAGCCCCCCCUCAAGGGAGCUGCUCCCCAGUGACUUCACCCAACCGCCCCCACCAGAAGGACUGGAGAGCAGAGGAUCCCCCCCAGGCUGUUGAUGGGGGUCUCUCCCCUGGGAUCUGGGCAAGGGGUGCUGCAGAGGAUGGGGGGGUCAUCUCUGUGAAGAUCCCAGUGCAGACUUUGGGGGGUAGGGAAGGGAGCUGGUAACUGGGGGGCAGGUCAAAGAUGCAUUUUGGGUGCCACCCUCCCCCCCAGAAGCAGCGUUGCUCUGGCUUCUUCAGCAACCUCUCUCCCCCCCCAGGUGCUAACUCCAACCCCCCGGUGUGGUGAGAGCAGUUUGACUCAGGGGAUGGGGAGAUUAGGGCAAACCCUCCCCAAAAAGAAGUAAAAAUAAUAAAUGUUUUAAAAUUGCUA